AUGGCAGGUAAAGACAACAAAAUAAAAUGUAUUUUCUUCAGUGAAUUCCAUCCAGUGGCGGGACCAAAAAUAACUUAUCAGGUGGAUAGUGAACCUGGAGACUACAUAUCCAAGGAAAUGUUUGAUAUUUUUCAUGUUUACAUAAUUACCAAACCACAGUUACAGAAUAAACUGAUUACAGUAAAUGCUCUUGGUCACAAAAUAAUGGGUUGUUCUGUUGGAAUAGAGAAUGCUAAAUAUUCACGAAAUGCUUUGCUUUUCAACUUGUGUUUUGUGUUUGAUUCAUUGUCAAAUACUACACCAUAUGAACCAGUUGUAAAGAAACUAGCCAGUUACCUGAUCGCAAUGGAGCUAGAGAAUGGAUUUAUUUCAAAUGAAGACAGCAAAUCAGCAUUACCAGAUAUUCUAUCAAAACUAUUAGUACAAAUGAAUACAUAUGGCAAAUGUUCCAUACAAGUCAAUGAGUCAAAUACCAUACAUUUGAAGACAGUUUCCACAGCAAUUGACCCUCCAGCAGUACUUGGCCAUCAUGUGCCUAUGUUUUUAGUGGAUAAACAUUCAUUUAACAUCAGUCAGUGGGAUCUUACAACUCAACAACUUCUCCCUUAUAUAGAUGGUUUUAAUCAUGUUCAACUUAUUGCAGCAGAAGCUGACGUAGACUUACACUUAGCACGUAUGUGUAUGCAGAAUUUACUGUAUCUUGGGAUAAUAACUUUGGUGCCAAUAUUUCAAUUUUCUAAUGUGUACAUUCCUACACCUGAUAUUAACAAAUUGAUGAAUGACACAACACUUAAACAUCAGUGUAUUAGAUAUGUGGCAAAACCAGGUCAUGAAAUUCCAAGAUUCAGUGAAGUCUUCAAAUUAUAUUGUGGUUUAGCACCCGGCAUAACAGUGAAAGAUUUCUGUGCCAGACAUAAUCCACACUCUUUAAAUGUUGAUCAUAGAAAGCUUAUUCAGUUUGGUGUCAUGAAAGGUUUGAUAAGACGUCUUCAAAAGUAUCCAAUCCGAUUACCAAGUACACCUAGUGGUUAUCACUCUGACAAUUUAAAAAGUCUUAACAAGUUAUUGCAGGGAUAUAAUAAUUACGAUGAAAUAUGCUGCAAGGAAGGUAUGAGUCAUCAAGAAUUAGAGGAGAAAAUUGAAAACGAUCCUCACAUUGUUAUAUGCUGGAAAUAAUGUUUUGUUAUUGUCGUGUUUGCUUAUAAGCUGCACAGGACCUCAGUCUGUCAUUCUUUAUAUACUUCUUCUCAGUUACUACCAUAUUAAAUACAUGUAGAUGAUAACUACCAGUAUACAUUUUCAGUUAUUACAGACUGAAUUCACCAAGUUUAAGUUUUGCUACUAGUGUACUAAGUACAGGGAAUUGCAUAUUGAAUGGAGACAAAGAUAGUAUUCAUUAACUCUGGGCAAGGCUUUUUUUGAAAUAAAAUUCCUCCAUUUUUUUAUGU